AUGUCGAAACGAAGCAGCGCCGUCAAUACGGGCCUCGACGAGAGGGCUGGAAGCACAAGUGCCCUCGGCUCCCACGAGCGCGUCGUCGACAAGCAAAAGAUGCUGCUCUCGGCCGAUGUCGGCCAUUUUUCCCUCGUGCGAGCCAUGCACUUGGCUGAUCUCAUCACACUCAUGAAUGGCUUCUGCGGCGUCAUGUCCAUCUUCUCGUCUCUGCGGUACUGUCUCGGCGACCCGAACGAGCACGCCAACGUGUGGAUCGCGCUGGCUUUCUUGCCUUUCGGCUUGUUCUUUGACUUUUUCGAUGGCAGGGUGGCACGAUGGAGGCAUAAGAGCAGCCUCAUGGGACAGGAGCUGGACUCUCUCGCUGAUUUGAUUUCAUUCGGCGUUGCACCCGCCGCUGUAGCGUUUACCAUCGGCCUACGUUCCCUCGUCGACACUGCGGCGCUCGCCUUCUUCGUUCUUUGCGGCCUCACCCGUCUCGCCCGAUUCAACGUCACGGCCGCCGUGCUACCCAAGGAUGCAUCUGGCAAGAGCCAGUACUUCGAGGGCACCCCCAUCCCUACGUCGCUCGGCGUCGAUGCAAUCAUGGCGUACUGGCUGUACAACGGCUCCGUCCUCGACCACCUUCCUCUCGGUGUCUGGUUGGAGGGGUCGGUCUUGGAGUUUCACCCUGUCGCCCUCAUUUUCGUUCUACACGGGUGUAUGAUGACGAGCCGAACCAUUCGCAUCCCGAAACCUUGA